AUGGCCCAACAUGCACUUCUUGACGCACACGCUCUGGCGUACGUCAUCCGCGAUUGGGGAACCAUCCACUCUGCCAUGAUCAACCAUGUCUCGCCGCCAGUGAUAAAACGUACCUAUGCGCCAAUGGAUCUCGACGCACAUGCCCGAGAUGCAGACGGAACGGUGCCGCAACUAAGACUCGAUUUCUGGGCUUAUGAUCCGUCCAAUCCAGCCGACCAGGCUCUUGGAUGGUUUACGCGAUCCCGCGUUCCGCCACCCCAAGUCGAUGCUGCGGAUCUGGCGGCCGGCAGGCCGAGAGGGCCAAGAGCACCGUUCGAGACUUGGGACGCAGACGCGGCCGUGGAAGAUGCAGUCCUCGAUCUCUCGGCUGAUCACGUCAAGGCGGUCACAGUCCCCGAAGUAAGCGCGCUCGACAGUGUUUUGGGAACUGUUUGGAGGGCGAUUGUACGCGCGCGGGAUAUCAAAGCAAAAGUCUGGAUGCACGGGUGUGUUGGGUUACGCACCCGCCUCGAAUUUCCCGACGACUUCCAGGGCGCGCCGCUCAUCAACGUCUCGGCUGGCUUGGAUUCCACAGAACUCCUCCGUGAAUCGGCGAGAGGAGCUCGUGCGAUCCGCGCGUCCAUUGAUACCGUCACGAAGGAGAGCGCGGCGGCUGUGCUCCAUCAUAUGGCGCAGGCUCUAGAUCCGGCGCGCGAGUGGAACGUGUUUGUCGGGAGCCAACAUACUCUUUCUACGAGCUGGCUUGGGAUUGGUGCAUACUCUGCCGAUUUUGGGUUCGGGACGCCGGCGCGCGUGAUUCCUUUCAUGCCGCCGGUUGACGGAAUCGUCGUUGUGAUGGAGGCCAAGGACGCUAUCGGAGAGCACGGCGCUCGCGGUGGAGUCAGCAUCCGCCUCCUCCUUCGCGAGGACGUUCUCGCACGCGUCCUCGCUGAUCCCGAGUUGGUGGGUGAGAAGUGA